AUGUUUAACUUAUCAGCGAACGAUUCAUUGAAUAAAUUUCAAGAUUGGAUUGAAGAUACCUUCAAGCAUGUUGUAGAUUUACUUGAAACCAGAAAUAACACCUGCGGCGCGAAAAAACAAUCUUCUGUAUCCAACAGAUACAGAAACAGCGAGCCCGAAUUGCGAAGAAAACUUAUGGUUUCAUUUGCAGAUAUUAAAGCACGUGACACAGCGAAUUUCGAGGGGCAAUUUGGAAGUUUUGCUUCCGAUUAUUUCAAGGAAAGAGCUAAUGAGGCCAAAAUGAAAAAUAGUGGAAAUGCUGCAAGGAAAGAUGGGGGCAGAAUUAGUACUGAAGUCAGAGAAGACAACCGACCGCAUUCUAAACAAGUGGAGUGUACAAAUACUAGCACUUCAAGUUCUGACUUGGACAAGAUGAUUGAAAUUCAAAAUAACUCUGAUUUGAAAAUACAGAAACAGGUUUUGCAAACACCACUCAAGACACAUGAUACAAAAAUAAAGACCAGCUUAAAUGUGGGCAAUAUAAAAAUGAGUUUACAAUACUUUCCAAGUGUUUGUCAGCUUCGAAUUGGCCUGUUUGAUAUAGGGGGUAUUCCAUGCGACAAUCGCGAGAUGGUAGUACACAUCUUCUUGAUAGACAAUAAGAACAAAACAUUGAAGAAAUGUGUAUCAAAAACAGUUAUUACUGAAUCCAACAGAGCUACAUUCAAUGAGGACAUUUAUUUCCAGACAAAGAGAAAAAAGUUUUACGAAUGUCAUUUGAAAAUUGAGCUGUGUAAAUUGUCGAGACGAUUAAGAAGAGCCAUACCAAUUGGAAAGGGAUUACUCCAGCUCUAUGAUCUCAGUCUAGUCUUGGAUACAACUGUUCAUGUAACAUUAUCACAAGAAAAGGUGGUAAAUGCAGAUGAAGUAAAUGUUAGUGAAAAACGCAAAUCUGUGGAAGUGGAUCCGAAAGAAAUAAAUGGAACAUCAUGCUUCAGCCCUGAUACCUUCAGAAGAGUGAAUUCUCUACCGCUUUAUCGCCGAUACGCCAUAAACCGUUCAUAGGAAUGACAGGAAUUUAAUUGUUUUCCAAGCUUCAUAUAGACCAUCAGAUGAAGGCGAUGCUAAGGCGAUAUGCAGAUAUGCACCAGAACUGGAUGUGGGCAAGAAGGGAAUAUGAUAUCUCAUGAUCACUUAAGAGAUAAUAUAUAAAAGAGAUUUAUGUUUUAACAUAUCGAACUAAUACAAUGAGGUUAUACAAAUGCGGAAUAAUUUCACGUGGGCGUAACCCGAGUGGAUUAUACACGCGACGAUAACCGAUCGGUAUUGUUGAGAUAUAUUAAAACAUGGUUCUGCUAAAUAUUAUUUCGAUUCUAAUAUGACUUUUAUGUAAACCGCUAGAUAGAAUAGGGAAUAUGAUACAAAUAAUAGCGCAAGAUGAUACGUCAACGUGACGUCAGAUUUCCGUGUUUUAACAGAUAGUAACACUCUUUCCCGGUGCCUGCAUUGCGCAAGAUGAUACGUCAACGUGACGUCAGAUUUCCGUGUUUUAACGGAUAGUAUAGCACUCUUUCCCGGCGACUGCAUGGCGCAAGAUGAUACGUCAACGUGACGUCAGCUUUCCGUGUUUUAACGGAAAUUUUUAACUUUUGACUUAAUAUCGUAUAGAUAUGUUUGCUAGAAGUUUUAAGGUAUCACAUACAUGUCAAGAUAUAUAUCAAUGGACGAAUAGCUAGAAAAUUGGUUGUGUGAAUAUUCUGUAA